UUCAACAACAUCAUUUCUAUUCAUUAGACCCUGUUUUAACGUCAGACUUUAGUCUUUUCAACAGCUGAGAGGUUAAUAACACCAAUAACUAAUUCGAUAUUAGUUUUUCAAGUGUAAGCUAAAUCAGUCAAUAAACUGAUGGGAGGUUACCGAAUAUACUACCACUCGCCUCUAUACAGGGGGAGGUAGAAAGGAAUGGUAGUUCUGCUCGGGGAUGUUGUGUGGCGAGUUCCACAAAGCGCCUCUUGGUUUAUACGUAAAUUUUGCGAGCCUUUCGGAUUCCCGUAGCCCGUAUUCGUCAUUGCUUACUCUAGUCCAGAGCAUGGCAGCUCUCACAGCUCAUGCGGCGCACGAAGAAGAGGAUAUAUUUCUCGAAAACGGUCUUCUUAGUUACGAGAAUCCAAACUAUCACUUGGAUCCCACUCGCAUCGACGAUGCUAUAAACUCUAAUACGAAUAUCUACGAAGAUAUUUAUCAGGAAUUAGAUGAUAUUUGCAAUAUCGGGCGCAGUAUUAAGGACCCUUUGCUGGGAAGCUCCGGUCGGAAAGCCUACGCCUCUCUUGAUAUCGGAACCAUGGGUGUGGAUAUUACAAGCGGUCCAUUAACACACAUAAGUUCGUCGAACAUCAAUGACAAUAAAAGGAGUAAUGAACGAAAUGGAAAUGCAAUGUUCCUCAUGGAUAACAGCGAAAUGUCUAGAACCACGCGAGAUAAUAUUAGCGAAAAGGCGGCGAAAAACAAGGACAAUCAGCAGGAGAAAGUCGUGCCGCACAUAGCCGGUCAACUUAACAAUGAUUUGUACGCCAUCCCCGUGAAGAAAAAGAAUCAAAAAUGUUCAGAAGAAAUUGAAAUAUACUCGCCAGACAAAGAGAGCGCCGAUGAUACAGAUUUACCGCCCGGCUGGGAAAAACACGAAGAUAACGACGGUCCUUAUUACUGGCACAUAAAGAGCGGAACAAUUCAGAGGGAAGUUCCCGUUUUGCCGGAAUCCGAAAAAUCAGACAAGAACGACAGCAAACACAACAUCAACAAAGAGAAUGAUAUGCUUAUGUUGACUUUCGAAAACAGUAUCGCUUCGGUUACCAGGAGCAGUACUAGCUCGGCUUUGGACUUGGAAGCAGAAGAUCGCAAGAGGAAAAAUGACGUGACUUUUAAGAGGCGAAGUUAUCCGUCGAAACCGGAGCAGGAAGCUAGAGAGAGACCGAUCAGGUUUGCGGUUAGGUCGUUGGGGUGGGUGGAAAUCGCCGAGGAAGACUUAACUCCAGAAAGAAGUAGUAAAGCUGUAAAUAAAUGUAUUGUUGAUUUGUCGGUGGGGAAAAACGAUCUUUUGGAUGUUGUCGGUAGAUGGGGUGAUGGGAAGGAUUUGUUCAUGGAUUUGGACGAAGGAGCUUUAAAACUUAUUGAUCCGGAAAAUUUGACUGUUUUGAAUACUCAGCCUAUACAUACCAUUAGGGUUUGGGGAGUGGGCCGCGACAACGGAAGAGAUUUUGCGUAUGUCGCCAGAGACAGGAGUACUAGGAAACAUAUGUGUCAUGUUUUCCGUUGCGAUAUGCCGGCUCGCACCAUUGCCAAUACGUUGAGGGACAUUUGUAAAAAGAUAAUGAUAGAGAGAAGCUUGCAACAGAAUCUAGCCAAACCUAUCGACAUUAAUGGUCGGACGUUGGCCACAAGGCCAACAAAUUUGCCAACCGAGCACCGACGGUUAACCAGAAACGGCCAGUCUUUAGUUAAUUUAGCCCAGUCCUUUCCAACGCCGAUGGAAGAACCAAAAAAAGUACUUAGAGCUCAAUAUUUGGGCACCACGCAAGUAUCGCAAGCUACAGGCAUGGACGUUCUCAAUGAGGCUAUAGAUAGGCUUGUAGCAACUAUUCCAUUAGACCAAUGGCAAUGUGUUAAUGUAGCCGUAGCUCCGUCUAUGAUUUCGAUCCAAAAUCCAAGCGAUGAUCGGCUGAUAGCCGAAUGUCGCGUACGGUAUUUGUCGUUCUUAGGUAUAGGAAAAGUCAUUAAACAUUGUGCUUUUGUAAUGCAUACAGCACAGGACACUUUCGUUGCACACGUGUUUUAUUGUGAACCUUCUUCUGGAGCCCUUUGUAAAACUAUCGAGGCUGCUUGUAAGCUGAGAUAUCAAAAGUGUUUAGAUGCUCAUCCUCAAGGUCUUGAAAGGAAUAAUUCGAAUUUACAUACCCCCGGUAAAAGCAUCGGCGCAGCUUUGAAGUCUAUCGUAGGAUCUCUCACAGGAAGGAAAAGUAGAAGUAGUGACUCUUGAGAUACGGUUAAAUCUCUGCAGGAAUUGUGUCUCUUGCCUGUGGAGCGUGAAGUAAUCAAACACAGACAUCUGCAGUCUCCUCUAACACAGAAAUAUAUUACUUCAAAUUCUUCAGCGGAUCUUCGUUCUCUUUUGUCUCCUAUGUUGGAUAUGAAGCACAUUCAACUGACUAGUUGGGAUUCGACUCAUUAAAAUGGAAAAUUGCUGGUUAAACAAUAAAAGCAAAUUGUACAAAAUUUGUGUUAUGAUUUAACAAGACUAAUGACUAACAGACUCGUGAAGUAGUUAAAACACGUAUGUUUGUCAAUAAUAAAUUGCUGUAACAGGCGAGCACAAUGCACUAUGAAACUAACAAGAUGCUUCUAAAUAUGAUAGAUAAUUAGGCAAACACAGGCACUCGACUUCAUCUAUCAAGAUUAAAAUACUUGUGAGCCUCAAAAUUAGAUAGUUUGCAACAGUAAAAGAAAAAGAGGUGGUCUCUCAUAUUUAGUAUGUUAGUUACUCUGCCUAUAUAUGUUUUAGCUGUUGUAAGGUGAUCAACUGUGUUAAUUUAUCAACUGCUUGUUUUUGAGAUGCUUCAGUGACGAAUAAGUGCAAAGUUUGUUACGAUUUCGUGUAAAUAAAUACUCAUGUAGUCAAACUAAAGUGUCUUGGUGUCUUUGAUCAAAGAGUUGGUCACUUUAUACUGUUGAUUGAAUCUGAAACUAUCUACUGUAUGCUUGCUUAAUCAAGCCUUGAAAAUAUUAUUGGCAGUUUUGCUUUGUGCAAACCCAUGAAUUUAUUCAAUUUUGUACGAAAUCACUAUUCUAUCACAUGGUGGAUCGGGGUGAUCGACGCGUGACAAGCUUGGGGACAAUACACAUUUCUCUCGAAUAGAUUCCUCAAUGCAGCUCAUUUACCAAACACAACACCCACUUAAAGACAAUAUACAAUAUACACAAUAAAAAUUAUACAAAGUUGUUAAAAUCAAAAGAGGCGAGAAGAUUGUCUUUACAACAUCUUUCUUUCAACGUCAAUAUAACCGAUGCGGUACUCAUUUCAAUUCAUUAACAUAAGAACAACUAUUGCAAUGUUAAUGUAAAUACUAAUAUGCCUUUCAUGUUCUUAGGUGACGUACUUUUUAUAUUACGUUUAUUUCCAGCUUUGUUGUAUAGAUUUCGAGUGGAGACGUGCAAAUCUUGCCGGCAGCCGCCUGUAUAUUUAUUGUGAUGGCGCUGCGUUCAGUUUUUGCACUCUGCCUAUGUUUUCUCUUCUUUAUCGUUCAUUACGUUUCAGGAUUAAAUUGUAUGCCUUUACGCAAAGUGACAUGUUUUAUCUCAUAUAGAUAUUUGUUUACUACAAUAUUUUUAUAAAAAAUGAAUGUAUGCAAUGAACGCGUAGUUUUCCAUCACUGUUGAGUAGUCUGCAUUAAAACAUUGAUUUCACUCACCGUUCUGUUAAUCGCUUGUAAUGUAAAUACGCCAGACUAGUAGUUUCAAGACAGUUAAUGUAAAAUUUCCUUAUUAACAACAAUUGUCCAAUAAAUUGCAUACUCUUAUUUAA